AAUUCAUACUCUAUGGAGGAUGUAACUUUAAAUAAGUCACGUUCGUAUCCUGUAAAAGUAAUUUCCCUUUCCGUUUUUCGCAGUGUUUCGACAAGCCUACAACCUUUCGGUGCAGGAUGCCGCCAAAAUUAAAUCACAGUAACAGAGGGGACUGCUCUUUCCUUUGCUUUUCUUUGGACCGUCCCCAUUGGCUCCCCCACCAGUACGCUUAUCCCUUUGGUUGGUUCUCCGACGGUCAAGCCUAUCUAGAGCACGUGUCUCCGAGGAGUGCCGGUGAAGAACUACUAUCCUUUGUUUAGAAGAUGGACGGAGGCCGUCGGAAAGAGGUGCACGUGCUGGUGUUUCCCUUCCCGGGGCAGGGCAUGGUGAACUGCAUGCUGAAGCUGGCCGACCUCCUCUCCGGCGCCGGCCUCCUCGUCACCUUCCUCAACACCCACCACAAUCACCGCCACCUCAGCCGCUUCUCCGGCGCCCACACCCGGCUCGCGCAACGCCCAAAGUUCCGCUUCGCGUCCAUCCCCGACGGCCUCUCCGAGGAAGAAACCCGGUCGGUCUUCAAUUUCUUCGAUCUGGAGGAGUCGAUGCGGACCCGGGCCGCCGCCUCCUUCCGCGACCUCUUGAUCGCCUACCGAGACAAGGAUUCCGGCGGAUGGCCGCCGGUGACGUGCGUGAUAGCGGACGGUCUCAUGCCGUUCGCUGUCGACGUUUCGGAAGAGGUGGGAAUCCCUGCCAUCAUUUUCCGUACCAUCAGCGCCUGCUGCGUCUGGGCCUUUCUCUGCGUUCCCAAGCUACUAGAGAACGGGGAGAUCCCCUUUCCAGAGGGUGCGGAUCUGGACGAGCCGGUGCGAGGAGUGCCGGGGAUGGAGAGCUUCUUGCGGCGGCGAGAUCUUCCGAGCUUUUGCAGGCAGGCCAGAGACCAUACGGACCGGGAGCUCCAGGUGGUGUCUUCUGUGACCGCUAGCGCGAAUCGAGCGAGAGCGCUUAUACUCAACACCUUCGAGUCUCUGGAGGGCUCGGCGCUGUCUCACAUCCGUAACAAUAGCCCUGUCACCUACGCUGUUGGACCCCUCAACGCGCUGGCCAGAACAUCAUCAGAUUCUGGCAGCCUGUGGCAAGAGGAUCGGGACUGCAUGACCUGGCUUGACUCGCAGCCAGACCGGUCGGUUGUUUAUGUGAGCUUCGGGAGCUUGGCGGUGGUGACGAGGGAGGAGUUCAUGGAGUUCUGGCACGGGCUGGUCGACAGCGGCCAGAGGUUCCUGUGGGUGGUGCGGUCGGAUUUGAUCAACAGGAGAGGGGGAGGGACGGAGGUGUUGCCGGCGGAGGUGGAGGAGGGGACGAGGGAGAGGGGCUGCAUGGUGGGAUGGGCCCCGCAGGAGGAGGUGCUGUCCCACCCGGCGGUGGGGUGCUUCCUGACCCACAGCGGCUGGAACUCGACAUUGGAGAGCAUCGCGGCGGGCAAGCCGAUGCUCUGCUGGCCGUUCUUCGCCGACCAGCAGAUCAACAGCAGGUUUGUGAGUGCGGUGUGGGGAAUCGGGUUGGACAUGAAGGACUUGUGUGGGAGAAGCAUCGUGGAGAAGAUGGUGAGGGAGGUGAUGGAAGGAGAGAGGUCAGAGGAGCUCAGGAGAAAUGCCAGGGAGAUGGCGGAGAUGGCAAAGAAGAGCGUUGCUGAAGGGGGGACCUCGUUCAAUGAAUUCCAAAGUUUGAUCCGGCUUAUCAUGUCCUUAGACUCCCACGCUCCGGCCUGCUGAAAAAAAUGGCAUUAGUUGGAAAUUCGGACCGCUCUGCACGUAGUUACUAGUUAGUGUUCGUCCUCCACGAAAUUCUCCGGACCUCCCAGUUAUGGAGAAACCUUUGCCACGGGAAAGCAUGCGAAAGCCAUCCAUUAAUUCGGAACUCUGUGUCUCCUUUGUUGAGAAAGGGUUCAUCACUGGAGCACUUUGUAUUCUCUCCGACGAACUCUAUGUGCUUGUAAAACUCUUUUCACUUAUAAAGCGGCGGGGAAUCAUCUUACUUACUUCAUUACUUCUCAUUAAAGAAAAGAAAAGGAAAAAGACUAUUUUGUUAAAGUUA